AGCUGCACAUUGACUUCAGCUAUACUCAGAGGAACAGACAGGUUCCUCUUUCAAAGGGGGAGGGGGAGAGGAAAAGUCAUUUAUAUUCCUGAAAAGAAGAGAGGUAGGAAAUAAACAGCUGGUAUAUAGCUAGGCAUACUUAUUUUAAAGAGAAGGAUGCAUUGGAAGACUUUGCUGCUUCUGCUGUUCUAUUACAGUGUUCAUGCCACUGUGACCUACAAAUGGAGCAGAGCUAUGCUUUUCCCAGCUGCUCAGCGACUGAAGAGGUCUUCAGCCAUGUUCCUUAACCCAGUACUACAAAACUCGCUGGAAGAUGUGGUCCUGCUUUAUGAGUUUCUUUUAGCUGAGCUUGACAUUGACAAAAGUCAGAGAAUCUCCAUCAAAGAUGAGGAGCUGGCUUCGCUGAGGAAGGCUGCUGAGUUUGACACCAUCUGCAAUGAGGUUAUCCCCAAGAGCAUCACAGAGAUCCGCAGGCUGAGUAGCAGGCUGUCCGCCUACCCGAGAGUCCUCAAGAAAGAAGACUUUGAAAGGACAGUGCUGACCAUGGUCUACACGGCCUACAGGGCUGCUCAAUCCCAGGGGCACCAGAAGGACAUUUGGGCUGAAUCUUUUGUCAAUCUUUACAAGGCCCUGAAGCACGACUUGAUGUUUCCAUACAACAAAGAGCCAUCAUAGUGGAAGAUUUAAUACACCAGCAACCCAGCCAUCUCUUCUCGUUGAUAAGGGACACGUGUAGCACGUCCACCACUUUACUCUGUAAACAGUUUAAUAGCCUGCUUAGUUAAAGAUUAUUUGUUUUCUAGCUCCCCCUCAUGGAAUAGAUACUUUAUAGAUAGAUACAUGGUAAACAGAGAAAAAUGUUAUCUUCAGUCCCUGGAAUUCAUUUCUGCACUGGCUGGGAGGUAUGUUCUGUGACAGGGGGAAGAAAGGAGUCUGGUGUAUGCACCAUAUAGAUAUGCCCUUAUGUCAACCUGUGUAAUUCCUAUAAACAUAUACAUAAUAUACAUGCAUACUGAUGUGCAUUAUGCUGAAGAAUGCUGUUUUCCUAGCUGGGAAAAAAGGUGUCCAGUGGUGUCCAGUCAGAGAUUGUUAUAAAGAGAUGAAAAGGCCCUCUGUAAAAGAAAAUCAGAAAUAAUGGCAAAUAUAUUCAUUCCAAAUAUUCUUGAAAAUAAGCACUGUCUGCUUCAUAGUAAUUUGGCUGAGUCAGUUUUUAAUCACAAUAACAUUUGCAGAAGACAAAGGGCAUUGUGAACACCAGCAGCAAACAAUUCCCUGCUUCCCAGAAGAGUUCUCCCAAACAGUGUAUAAUGAUCCUUUCAUUAUUUGCACAUGACUUUGCUUCUGCUCCUAUUUCUUGAAAGGAAAACGGAUUUGUCCUCAGCGGAGUCCAAGGGGAGACAAAGGCCCUGUUUGAUUUAACAAUAACACAUUUUUCCUGGUUCUAUCACUUGAACAUAGCUCAUCUAAGACUGUGCUUCAGAAUUCCCCUGAGGCAAGGGAAGAAAGUAAAUUAAAUCAUACCUGGUGCUGAAUUUUGCAGC